AUGGCGCAAAAGUUCGUCUCAAAGCUCGACCGCAACGUCAUGAUCCACAACAACAACUUCGUCGGCAUCGCCUCGUACAACAUCUUCGUCGGUAUCUUCGUCGCCACCAUCUUCGGUGCCGCAUUCUUCUUCGAUCUCUUCUGGCCCGAGCGACAAGAGUCGAGAGGCGUCAUCAACGCUUGGAAAGCUUGCUCCGUCUUCGCUUGCAUGCUUACGCUCUCCGACGCCCUUGCAUACACUUACAUCACCGCGAGCAAGAGUGCGCACCUUACCGGCACGGACUUCGAGCGCGGACAGGGCCUGUUGUCGCAGUUCAAGAAGGCCGGUGAGACUCCGCUCGCUUACAACAAGAAUGGGCGGGCGAUUGCUAGUGUUGUGUUCUUGUGGCCGGGCAUGAUCUUCACUUUUGUCAGGUAA